UUAUAUCCCACUAUGUUGGUUCUAUUUCCUGCCUGGUAAGAUCACACGCAUUUCUAAGACGCAGUGAAACGUACCCUACGGCAUCAAAGCGUAAUGCACGGCGAGGCAAUCUUGCAUCCAAUCUAGAGACUGAGCUCCAGUAGCCUGUGUGGUCUCCGGAGGGGAGACACAUGCCUCCUCGCGCAGCCUCUCAAUCCAUGGCGCAUCUCCAGCUCUGAAUCCACUUCGGCUCUGGACACGCCGGCAGCAGCGCUCAAUCCAAACACACACACACACACACACACACAAACACACUUCCCAUUUUACAGGUGCAGCGCAGAGGACUAGACCGGCCGAAGAAAUCGGAUCGAGUGCGUUGAUGCGUGAAGGAUGUAGAGCCAGAGGGAGGGGGGCAGGAUGGAGUGCUCCUGGAAGACGGUGCUGCUGCUGGUGUGUGCGUCUCUUGGGGUCCAGUACACGGCCAUCCGGACCCUGAGGGACUCUCUGUCCGGGCCCUGUCAGGGAACCUACCGCUGCCAGACCAGACACCACAGAGACUCCAGAUGGAGAGCCUUGUGUGAUGACGGUUGGAUGCCAGUUGAGUCGCCUCGGAAGCACAUCCUGCUGUUUGCCACCACGCGCAGUGGCUCCUCCUUCACCGGGCAGCUCCUGAACCAGCACCCAGGGAUCUUCUAUGUGUUUGAACCUCUCUACCAUGUCCAACAGGCCUUCACCAACUCCAGCAGCAGGUUGCGUCGCACCCUGGACCGCCGGGCCCUACUGGGAGCGUACAGGGACCUCCUCCUCAAUUUGUACACCUGUGAUCUUCACUUCAUGGAGAACUACAUCCGCCCGGAGCCCCAGGACCAUGUCACAAGCUCCUACUUCCGCCGAAGCUCCAGCCACGCGCUCUGUUCCCCUCCCGUGUGCUCGGAAGGACAGGAUAUAGCGGCCUCUGAUCUGCCGGAUGAAACGUGGUGUCCUAAGAAGUGCAGGGCCCUAAACCUUACUCUAGCCUCCAUGUCAUGUUUGUCAAGGGAACACGUAGCCAUUAAAACUGUGCGGGUCCCUGAGGUGGGAGACCUGCGCACCUUGACAGAAGAUCCCCGCCUGGACCUGAAGAUCAUCCACCUCGUGAGAGACCCCAGAGCCAUCCUCGCCUCACGCAUUAUGGCGUUUUCAGAUCAAUUCCGCGCUUGGAAAAUAUGGAACGCAACCGGGCGGCAGCCUCGAUACGUGGACCUGACGCAGAUCACCAGCACCUGCAAGGACAUGACUGCCUCUGCAGAAACAGGCCUGCAAAGACCGGCAUGGCUGCGUGGACGCUACCUUCUUGUGCGGUAUGAGGACCUGUCGUUCAACCCAAAGGACAAAGCCACUGAGAUCUACAGGUUUGUAGGGCUGAAGAUGGAGGACAGGGUGCGGAUGUGGAUUGCAAAGAACACCAACAGUAACGUGGUGUCUCCGUCAGAGUGGAACUACAGGUACUCCACUACCAGAGACUCCAGGGCAACCGCAGAGAGCUGGAGGCUUCGUCUGGGCUUUGACAUCGUGAGGACCGUGCAGAUCCUGUGCAACGACACUCUGGCUCUGCUGGGAUACAAGCAGGUUCACUCUGCAGCUGAACUCAGAAACUUGUCUCACAGUUUAGUGGAACACAGGACCUUUCAACCAGUCACGUGGUAGAAAAAACGUUACUCACGUUAUUUAUUUACUUAUUUAUUUAUUUCAGUUGACUUUCCUCUUUGUCAGGAUGCUGAUAACAUGAAUGUAAUUUAUCUUAUUUCAGUAAUGCCUAAACUAAAAUCACCUUGUAUGGUUUAGUUAAAGAAAUUAAAAGUGCCAAAUGUCAAGAGUGUGUGAUGCUGGAAAAAGUAUUAAUCCAGAAUUAAGUCCAUCAUAGCUGUAUUCGUUGAUUGAAAACUCUUCUUGAAUCCCGAUGUGAUUAAGUUUUUUUUUUUUUUUUCUAGGAUUCAAUUUUCUCAUAAUUGCAGUGUUUAAACAGGGGGAGAAAGACAGUACCAGGUACCAUUUUAGAGUAAAUCUGACCCUAAGGGACUGUUCAGUAUUUUUGGAAUGGACCACCGGACAAAAACGGGAGGGUCGUGUCUUCCUAUUCUUUGUUGAGGGGAGGGUCAUCCAACUUUUUUAGUUUAGGGGAAGGUCCCCCAACUUCUGUAUUCGUGAAAACAGCUA